GUUUUCCGUGAAAUUCGCGGGAAUAGAAAAUGUUCGUUAGCAGAAGCAGAAAGGUAGAAUAUUCUCUAAAACUGAGGAUUGUGUUUGUGUGCUCAGAAUCUUUUCGCAACGACUAAUAAAUCAUUAAUCUAUUAGUAGUCAUUUGAACACGAUGGCCUCCUUCACGCCCCGGGCGGCCGUGACGUCGGCGCGGAAGCUGUUCCCCAGGAGCCCGACCUCGGAAUGCGAGAGCGACGACUCCUUGGGGCACAUGUCGCCACUGUCCUCCCCCGACCGCUACAGCUCGCCGCCGUGCACGCCCGAGGGGUCGGGCGGGUGUCCCGGGAACAGGGCGGGGCGCUCGCCUCGCACCCCGGUGCGCACCUCGCCCAGGAACUCGCGGUUCGACUCGCUGAAGCCGGCGGUCUUGAGCCCUCUGUUUGUGCACCGCGACAUCAAGAGACUGCGCAAGCACCUGGACCUGAACAACACCGGCGAGCUGGACAAGAGCUUCUCGAAACCUGCGGACGAGGAGAACGAGAACACGCCGUCCAAGUCAUCGACGAACACGGUGAUCCCGCAGACGCCGUCUCAGAAGUCCUCCAAGUUCGGCAUCGUCGAGGAAAGCCCGAACACGCCGUCGGUUUGCAAGUCGCCGGGGCAGAAGCUGUCUUCUGUGACCACCGGGACUGCCAAGAUGACGGUGGUAACGGUGAAGCCGGUGUCUGAUCCUUCUAUUCCCGCGAGCGUGUUCUACGGCAAGCGCAGCCUCACGAGGGAGCUGUUUCCGGUCCUGGAUCCCGGCAGCGGCGCGAUGCGAGGGGGUCUCGGCACGGCGAUGAAGGCGCGCCAGAGGUACUCCAGCGUGGACUCUCUGCGGAGCGUGGGCUCGAACAGGUCCGCUCGUGGCGUCGCGAGGAGGAAGUCGCGACGUGUGCCGGGGGAGAUAAACGCCGGGGUGUUCCACAAGCUGCGGCGGCCAAAGCCCAAGAAGCUGUCGGCCGGCUCGGCGGCGCGCAAGGUCCCGAGGGUGAUGCCGCGGAGCAAGGCGGAGCGCUACCUGAGGAGCGCUGGCCUGCCCGUGGAGCUGACUGCCUUCGGGCGGCAGGUGGCGACCCCCGAGAAGCAGCAGGCGGGCCAGGGACUCAAGAGGAAGCUGCCCGACCCCCCGACCCCGCCGCCAGAUCCCUCGAAGAAGUUCUUCAAGACAAACCGCACGGUCCACAAAACUAAGACAGUUACGUUCGAUGGAAACAUCAAGGUUCGUGUUGCGGAGGGCAAGUACAGCCUGAACAAACCCGAGAAUCCCCUGAAGUUCCGCACUCGGAAGGUUCUCAAGUUCAAGCUGUUCAGCGGGGCCAGGAGCGACUGUGUGUUCGAGGCCGCGGAAGACGACGGGAUGGAGCAGGUGAACAGCAGCGUGCGGCAGCUGCUGGAGGACUUGGGGGACGAGCCGGGAACGACCCCGGACACCCGGGACUCGGUGGUGGGCGCCGGCGGUGUCGUCAUCGCCAGCGCACCGGAACAAGCGUCGGACGAGGUCGUCCCGGGAACGCCGCAGAAGGCACAGGUUAUCGCCGAGUACGUAGUGGGGGCGAACGGUGAGAUCGCAAGCCCUGGCCUCUCGUUCAUCACCUCCUCUCUGGCCAUCAGCGAGGACCAUUCGGCUCGCAGCGACGGCCCGGGACGAUCAGAUGAUUCGGCGGGAUUGGCCGUUGAAAAUCCAGAAGGUCCUCCCGAGCAAGACCCGGCAGAAGUCUCCGAAGAGGCAGUUGCUUCGGCGCUGCAACCAGGAACCGAGGUUGUUGCGGAAAACGUAACAUUAGAGCCAUCGGGAAAUGAGUGUUUCAUUGAAGAUGAGAAGAAAGAUUCAGCUAAAAAGUUUUUCCCUGUUUUCUACAAGAGUCCUGAGAGGGUGAAAAAUGUCUUAUUAGACGCCACCAACAAGAAGACGACCCAGCCGGGCAGGAGGGCGCCGUGGCGCUACGGCGGCGGCGACGGCCAGUACCAGAUCGACGCCGGCCAGAAGAGGCUCGGGGCGACGCAGUGCUCCGAGUGCGGGCUGGUGUACAGCCAGGGGGACAUGGAGGACGAGCUGGCCCACCUCAACUACCACAACAGCAAGCAGGCGCUCAGGUUCCUGGGCUGGAAGCACGAGAGGCUGGUGGCCACGCACGGCGCCGGCCGGAUCCUGGCCGUGCACCCGGGGGACCCCAAGUCCUGGUGGAAGAAGGUCACCGAGGUGCUGGAGGUGGUGGACCGAGACCUCGGCUACGCGGACGGCGGUUCGGGUCUCGACAUCCAGGGGAGCAAGGUGUUCCUGUACGUGGAGGGCAGGAGCGUGGUGGGCUGCCUGGUGGCUCAGCCCGUCUCCGAGGCCCACCGGCUGCAGGUGGCGGCCGGGCUGGACACCUGCUCCCGGGAGACCCACCCCGUGAGGUGCGGCGUGAGCCGUCUGUGGGUGGUGGCGUCCCGGCGCCGGCGCGGCGUCGCCUCGCGCCUCGUCGACUGCAUGAGGGCCAACUUCAUGUACGAUUAUAUUCUCGGUGUUGAAGAUUUUGCAUUUUCUGUGCCAACUGUAUCCGGGAAAGAAUUUGGAAUGAAGUACACAAACAAACAAAAUUUCCUGGUUUAUGUGUAAUGUACAUUUUAGAGAACUUUUCUUUUGUAUAUAUGUUUUUUUUUUUGUUUUUUUUUGUAUUUAAAAAGUGCAUGCUGUUUUGGAUGGGUCAAGUAUUGUGGAUAUAUAUUUUUUAAUAUUUCUCUUAUCUUAUGAAUACAGGUUUUCAUGUGUUUAAUAUGUAUUUUUUGGUAGCAUUUACAUACCUGUGCAUGUUGGAGUAACAAUUUUUAAGAUUUUUUUAUCUAGAAUUUUUUUUAUUGGUUUUUUUUCCCCCUACAAAUUUUAAAGUUCUCAUUUUCAAGUACUACUUAAAUCUGCUUGCAAUGAUAUAUUGUUUUUACUUCAUAAUUAUUUUGUAACUGAUAUAUUUUUCUGGCAGUUAUGAAACUGUUUUAAUUGUAUAUCUAAUGACUUUGUUUUAGUUAUUUCCAUUUAGUUUUAGAUUUUUAUAAGUUUUGACAAACAAUGCUAUAAGUGAUUGUUUUGUAACAUAGCAUGUAAAGGUUGGUGAUUUUGUAACUUUUGUAUUUUGCUGUCAUUCUUGUGAAAAUAAUAAAUUCUGAUAACUUAAUUCCUGUUCAGUGUUAAUUUGUAUGUUUGAUUUUGAUUCAGGCCAAGCAAUUUAUUUCGCAUUAUUUCUUUAAUAUUGGUGGGUUGCAAGUUAUUUCUGUGGUGUAUCUGCAGGCCCCCAUUUCUUUUGGGUUACCUUUAUAAAAAAAAUUGGCCAGUAUUGAUUUUAAACAUUUAUUGGAACCUUAGAAGUACCUCAUUUCAAAGAAUUUCUCUCUUUGUAGUACUUUACAUUUUUAGUUCCCUAAAAGAUUUUUUUUUUACACCUUGUAGUACCUAAUAGUAGUUCAGUAUUAAUUACUAACAUUAUUAAGAACCAAAACUUUGGGGUUUUGCAGUUUUAGCAUUGCUGUAUCCCUCCACAUGUCAUCCAUACACCCAUAUCCCUGUCUAUAUCUCUCUUUUAUAUUUAAUUCAAAUCAAUACUGUCAUGUGUGUGCAAAAAUCACAAACUGCUAAACUAUAUGAAAUAAACAUUUGCUGAAAUGA